AUGAGGUGCGGGAGGAGGACCUGCGGCAUCCCGCUGGGGCUGCUCGCGCUCUGGGUGGCCGCCGCCCGCUGUCUGCAGAGUCAUGGUGUGUCACUGUACAUUCCGCGGUCAGCCAUCAACGCCACUGUCCAAGAAGACACGCUGCUGUCAGUGGACUAUUCCUGCCAUGGAGUGCCCACUAUUGAGUGGAAGUGCACCUCCAGCCGGGGUGAGCAGAAGAUCGCGGAGUGGAAACCCGGGACCCCAGCCAAUGUUUCCCAAAGCCACAGAGACAGAGUCUGCACCUUUGACAACGGCUCCAUCCAGCUUUUCAGUGUGGGCGUGAGGGAUUCUGGUUGCUACAUCGUCACUGUCACAGAGCACCCGGGGAGCCGACAGUUUGGCACAAUCGUGCUGCAUGUAUCUGAGAUCCGCUACGAAGACCUCCACUUUGUUGCUGUCUUCUUUGCUCUGCUUGCCGCUGUGGCUGUGGUGCUGAUCAGCCUCAUGUGGGUCUGCAAUCGCUGUGCGUACAAAUUCCAAAGGACGAGGAGACACAAACUCAAAGAAAGCGCCACUGAGGAACUUGAAAUGAAAGACAUCGAGUGUUAGCCAAGACUGUGCCCAAU